AUGUGCAAGACGUCGGAGAUGUGCCAUCGCUCCAGCGUCUUGCAGCAGCUGGAAACUUGGGCGCAAUUCCCACACCCUGUCCAGCUCCUCUUCGUGCGGAAGCUGGCGCUGGAGCUCUCUGAGCAGGUGGAUGUGGCAGGCGAUGCCUCGUCCAGGUGCCACGAAGUUUCAGAUUGCAAUAAGCGCCCACAGCAGCCGGCAUUGCCGCAUGCUGCCUUCGUUGGCAUUGACACGGAGAACGGUGAGUCACUGAAUUUUUCUCCCACAACGACGCCGACAAAUGCAAGCUCUGGUCUGCAGCAGAUUCUGCACAACAGACGGCCCCGGGAGAACGUCCGUGAACCCCCAGCCUUUUCGGAUGCUUGGAAGCCCAGGGACCAGCUGGCCACUGAAACGACUUUCAGUUUGGAGUCUGUCCAGGUCUUUGGCCCGUUUGAGCUUCCAGAGCACGUGUUGCUCAAUCUCUUGCCGUACCUUUCUGUGGAUGACCUCAUGGAGUGGCGGGUGACUUCCUGCGCGACGAGAAGUCCCACAGUCUUGAUACAGCACCUGUCCGAAAUGGGCAGGUUGACCAGGUCCGAGUCAAUCGUUGAAUUUUCGGCACAAUUCAACCGCGCUGCUAAAGACCCCGCCUUCGAGGGCGAAAUAGCAGAGGAUGGCAGGCAACUGAAGCUCUUCGAUUGUCGCUGGUGGUGCAUGAGGCUGGCGUUCGCGGACAAAACUCAUUUCCCAGAAAGUGACGUCAACGACAUCGUCAGCGCGAACCUUCGAGCUCUCUUGGUGCACUGCCGCGACGGGGAUGUUUCUGUGAGGAAACAUGCGCACCAUCUUCUUGGCAACUAUGGGUUUGGUGGCCUGCCUUUUGUGAAGCAGAUGAUCGCCGAAGCCAUGCUUGACCAGAUGGAAGACCUGUUGCCAGAGUCUGCCGAAAUCAGCAAAGAGGCCUUGAAGCAGGUAAUGCAGUGUGCAGAGCAUCUUACCAGCGUUCUGCGCGCACUGACGAAGCCUCAGCGUCAGAAGUGGGUGUCCCUGCUGGUCAGAGCCCUCCAAAGUGAGGAGUCAUUUCAGGAUCAAUUCCAAAAGACCCUGUUUUCUGACCUGAAGCUCCUGUGGCGAGUUGAUGACGAUCCCAGACGAACCUAUGCGGAAGCAGAGCAGCAACUGAAGGCUUUCUCAAAGCAUGCCAACUGUAGCUAUGCUGUGCAGGAAGAGAUUUGGAGGCUCCACAACUGCUGA